AAUCUCGCGCCCGUCAACCCGUCUCAAGUCCAACGCGACAAAUCCUGCAACCGAAAAUCUGCCCAACGUCGGUAUCACAAACAGAAACCUCGACUACGCCAACCACAUCCAGCGAGGGUGCGAAAACGAUGACUCCAACGCCGAGUGCCCAACCACGCCGUCGACGACAAAAGCUGCCAGCAGACUUGGACACUGCCCCAUCCAUUCACGCAAGUCCGACACCAACGACGGGUCAGGUGAAUUCCAGCACAAGCGACCACGACGCGAUACACAUGGCAGGGCGUGGGAUGGCGCCCCUCCAGGUGGGAAAUGGUGGGGCUGGGAAGCUAGGGGAUCCAAGUCGCGACUGCAUAGGUAUUUCAGAUUUGCUAUUUUGGAUUGCCGCCUCAAUGCGCUACAAUACCCCCCCUCAGGACUUCAAUUAGACAAAGGAAACUCGAAGGAGUCUCUUUCAGAAAACAUGAUCACUACUAUCACAAAUGGUCGUCCGGUCCUUUGUCGGUUACGAUUCGGAUGGCUAAGUGGUCCGUGCCAGCUCAAUGCUAACGCUAGAACGUAG